UAUUUCGGAGGGUUGGCUUCGACACAAUAACGGCCAGAGGGAGAGUAUUUUAAGAAGACCACUUGCCGGUACUCCCCUAAGGCUGUGAGGCUGAUGGAAGAAACCUCAUUUACAUGAAGAUUAAGGGUUGACAUCAGGAUUUUGUUACAGUGUAUCAUUCGGCGGGGAAAGGUAUCAAUUUAUUUUUAAUUAUUAUUUUCUUUGUGGAAACCGAUUAAAUCUGGAGGAAUACCGUUACAGUCGAGCCUCGAAUGUGGAAGAACACUUUAUACAAAAUGACAAAUCGUGUCGCCAGAGAAUCUUACCAAGACAUGGAUUCUGCAUCGCCCUCAACUUUCGACUCAGAGGAUUAUACUCCAACAGAUAAAAGGUGUAGGACAGUGGAAGAUUUUAACAAAUUCUGCACGUUUGUCUUGGUUUAUGCUGGUUACAUCCCCUACCCUCAAGAAGAGGUGCCCCUUCGGACCAGUUCCAGCCCUCCCAACAGCACGGGCAGUACCGUGGAGAGUGAACCUUGGGACAUCCCACUGUCUGUCCCUGGCAGCAAUAAAGGCAGAAAAACUUACAGCAGUUUCAAAAAGGCCAAGCCAUACUCAUUUCUGAAACAUCACAAAUCGGGCAGCUUCAUGCUGCCUCCUUUCAACCGCAGGAAGCCCGACAAGGUGAAGAGGAGGCAUGAGAUGAAGGCAAAGGAGGACAGUCUGAGGCUAGAAGAACCACAGAUUGAAGAGGCCAGCAAGCAGGAGCCACCUGACUCCGUCGCAGAAACCAGUGCAUUUUCUCCUGUUCGUGGAGCAGAGGAUGCGACAACAGCUUCUAUUUCCCUGAAGCAUCUCUCCCAGGAAGCCCUUAGUCAGCAGGCUCUCAAUCAGCAGCCCCUCACUCCAGAGCCUCUCGUUCAGCAGCCCCUCACUCCUGAGGCCCUUGAUCAGGAGCCCCUCACCCUGGAGCCCCUCAAUCAGCAGCCCCUUGCUCUCAAGGCCCUUGAUCAGGAGCCCCUCACCCCAGAGACCCUCGAUCAGCAGCCCAUCACUUCGGAGACCCUCGAACAGCAGCCCCUCAUUCCACAGCCCCUCACGGACACUCCAAGCGCAGGCCAGGACAGUUCUUCUGUGCCAGCUACUGCAGCAAAUGUGCUGAAUGAGACGAUAAAAUGUGAGAAAGUAGAACGACAGAGGACUGUUUUCCGUCAGGGAAAGCAGGUGGUGUUCAGGGACGUGGACACAACUGGGAAUGAUGAAGAUAUCAUGGUGGAUUCUGAUGAUGAUUCCUGGGACUUGGUGACGUGUUACUGCAUGAAGCCGUUUGCUGGCAGGCCAAUGAUUGAAUGCAAUGAGUGCGGCACCUGGAUUCACCUGUCCUGUGCCAAAAUCCGCAAGUCCAAUGUCCCGGAGGUGUACGUCUGCCAAAGGUGUCGAGAUUCCAAAUACGACAUUCGGCGAUCAAACCGAUCUCGAAUCAGCUGCAGGAAGCACUUCCUCGACUGAGGUGUCUGAGUCUUUCUAUCUUUAUUGGUUUUGUUUUGUUUCAGGGAGAGAGAGAAGAACGUUGAAUCGGCAACAAGGGAGGGUGGGAAUCAAAAAAAAAAAAAGCAUUUUAAAACAAAAUAGUUUGGUGCACUUGUUCAGAGAGUUCCAUCCGUUUGCACGGGAAUUGUGUGCUUUUUGAAUCUGUGUCUCUCCCUUCACCCUCUCUGCCUCCAGGGAUAACCCAAAAAAUCAACAUAGAUUAAGCCAAUAUUUCUGUUAUCACACCCUGGAUAAAUGAGCACAGAGGAAAUUGGAGGCUCGGGGUUGAUUUGCAGGAAGAGGGGAGUGAACUUGCUGACUGCUAUAAACUAUAUUUUCCUUCCCCUUUCUCCAUUCCCUUCACUCUUACCUCUCACCCCUUGCAUCUAAAAAGCCUUAAUCCACCAAGGUCUGCAUGAUGAAAGUGAUAGCCAUCACUCCAUUUUUGGUGCAAUCCCCGAAAUGUUUGCUGCUAAGGGAGCUGCAACAGAUAAACAGGGCCUGUGCAAUACACAAAAGGCUUCAAGCAUAAAUGUUAUCAAACAAAAUGAGAAAGGAAUAAUAGAUAAUCAAUACCUAAUGGCCUGCCAUUUAAUAAAAUGAAAUAAAACCAGAUAGUGUUGGAAAUACACCAUGGUUCUGUCAAUUUGAGAGUUGAUUGAAGUAGGUUCUGAUCAAGGGGAUGCACCUUAAAUCUGUCUUCUCUCUUUACAGGUUGCAACUGACUUGCUGUGUACGUCUAAUAUUUUCUGAUUUUAUUUUUGCUUUCCGGCACUUUCACUUUUAACAUGACAAUAUUUACUUUGGUUGAAAUGAGUAACUGAUGCCUUUUUGCUCCCUCCACACUUUCUUUAAACUUUACAGCAAUCGAAACCCAAACAAGUCCAGCUAUUCUUAGAGCAUACUAGUUGACAAAGAGUUAAAAUCCUGCCGGAAAUGUGUGGUAAUAACCUGGGUUAAUCUGUCAGGUUUGACUCGUGCUGUUAAAAUGUUUGGAAUAGACAACCAAUUUUGGAUUAUUUUUUGGAGAAUGUUUGUCUUAAGGAGGCCUUUACAAUUUUUAUGCCUGCAAUUCAGUAUUUAGAACUAAACUUGGUACUUCUGUUAGGAGGAAAAAUAUCCAGGAGUAUGGCUUUUAAGUGCCAGGAAUAUGGCUUUUAAAUGAUCAGUUAAUUAACUUUCUCCUUGUCUAUGCAUUGAAAGAAUUGUUUUAUGGGUUGCGAGGGCAGGAGAUGACAAACUCAAAAUUUUAUCAACUGUUAAAAGCUCUGGAUAGGGGAAGGUCUGUUAAAAAGACAGCAACCCAGCCUCUCUGUUUUUGUGGGGUUGGGGGUGUGCCAGAAGGAGGGCAAGAAUAUCCUAUCAGUUACUUUUAAGUCCUUUUGGUCCUUACUUGGCAGCACAUUCAAUGAGUUUAGGACAGUAAUCUGUGAACUUGAAUUGAAGAGUUGGGUGAAAGGGGAGAGAGAAAUCUCAUCGUCCUCUCUUGUCCACCUCUGUUCCUUCCUCUGUACCUCCGAGUACAUGAAGAUAUUGUAGAACAUGAUUAUGGUUCCCAAGAUGUUGCCUCAGCCAUUCAACAGGUGCUCGUGUGGUGGUUUAAAUAUGUUCAGUGGUGAUGUGGCUUCAUUUGGGAAAGCUCUGGGGUCAUCUAUUGUGACUGAGUCUCGGUUUGUAAAUUGCAUUUAAGUUGAUGCAGACACUAUUGUUUUGGGCAUUGUAAAUCUAAAGUCUUCACCAUUUGACCCUUUCCAUAAAAGGAAGGGGUUGGGGAGAUGAGGAGGUAUCCUUCUGGUUCAACCUUCCAUCAUUGUAUAUUGUAAAAUAUUGUUCAUGUAUUCUUACUCUCAAAUGUCUUAUCCUACAAAAAAAAUGCCAAGUUGUGUUUCUUUGACUUGCUGUUUCCAGUGACAGGAAAGAACACAGAAUUGACUCCAUUCAUUUUAUUGGAGUCAAUCAAACUGCACAGUGCUUUUGCCUCUCAUUGUAGGUUGAGAGCAGUUGUACACAACGAACAACUUUCCAUUAGUAUCCUGUAACCCUCUCCCUUUCCUGUUUAACCAAUGGUCAGGUUACCUCAAACCAGCCAUAUGAUAGCUUUCUCCCCUGGCCUGUGAAAAUAGGCUGAAGGAGGCUGUAGGCCAUUGACAUAGUGAGCACUUAAAGAUGCCUGACAAUCAACCAGCAUCCCCAUCACCACCAUUGUAUACCAGGAGUUAAUUCACAUCAUCAAUCACCCAGACUCCAAUAUUAGUAAUGUAACCUUGCUAUUGAGGAAUAAUUUUUCCUAACUACUUCCCUUCUACUGAAAGUAAAUGAACUGGUGGUCUCUCUUUUGUUGUUAGAGAGUAACCCUUUAAAGUUUCCUCUCUAUGUACAGAGGGAGGGGUCAAGAGAGAAAGACAGAGAUGGUGGGGUGAGAAGGCAGUUGUCAUAGAGCAGCCACAGAUUUGAUAGUAGGGUUCUGAUCAGAACACAGGCAGGAUUCUCACUCACAAUUGCUAUCCCAUGUUCCUGUUGGGAACAUAGGCACAUGAGUAAGGGCAGAAUCAAGCUCAGCUUGCUAACCACAGUGAAUUAGCUGGAUGACACACACUUUUCACACACAAGUGAAAAAUAGCUGUACAGCCAGCAAGUAGAGGGUCUGGAUCUACACAAUCCACCUGUUAGAGGAGGAAAAAAUCCUCAGCCAACGUCAUAUUAAAAAUAAUUAAUCAAUCACAUGCUCAACUCUCUCUCCACCAUAUUCUUUUGAGGAAUAUCUGUCUCUUUUACACCCUAUGCCCCAUAACUUAGAUUCUCCCACAAGAGGAAACAACCUCUCUACAUUUACCUGUCAAGCACCCUAAGAAUCUUGUAUGUCUCAAUGAGGUCUUCUCCUCAUUCUUCUAAACUCCAAUGAGUACAGGCCCAACCAACUCAAUUCUCCACAUAAGAAGAUCCCUCCAUACCCAAGAUAAACCUAGUGAACCCUCUCUAGACUGCCUCCAAUGCAAAACAUCUUUCCUUAGAUAAGGGAAAAUGAUCAAAAUGAGGGUUUUUUUUAAACAAAGCAGCACUGUUAUUAUUUCAAACGGCAGUGUUGCUCUUGCUCCUGUUGAGAAUGCCUGCACGAGAUUAUCAUGGACGCGUAACAAGUCUCUGACUUUGAAAAUGUGUGCCGGGAGUGUUGGACUGUCUCCUUGGAAGAAUUGUUAAAGUGGAACAAAGAAAACCUUGUUUCUGUGAAACUUUGUACGUGUAUAU